UUGUAUAUUUGUGUGCAGGUUAUGGCUGAAGUGUCGCGGCUUUUGGAGGGGCCCCAUGACGCCGGCCACCGUUGCCACCUAUUUUUGAACCCAAAUAAAGAACAUGAUUAUCGGAGUUUCAGACUUCGAACCGUAAAGAAAACCUGGCCAAUACACAAUUAUUUCAUCCCUCACCUUGACGCUUAUGGACUACAUGCUUUUGCUAGGCUCACAUCAAGCGAAGACCCAUCCCAGUUACGUUCGGACCCAUCCCUUUUGACAUCCCUCGUUGACCGGUGGAGACCUGAAACCCACACCUUUCACUUUCAUUUUGGGGAGCUUGCACCUACACUGAAAGAUGUUUCUAUGAUCCUUGCUCUACCAAUUAGAGGUGAGCCGUUAGUCUCUCGACGAGUGUCUAAAACUUGGGCCACAAAAUAUAUCAGACUGUCUUGGGAUGACAAUGCUAGAAUCACAACGUACUGGUGGCCCUCGUGGCAUCCCACACCCCCGGCUUCAUGAUAACUUUCUUAUUUUUUCUAGCUUCGCUGAUUCUGAGACGAGGAAAAGACAUCUGUUUGCAUAUUUGUUGUGGCUUCUCGGGGUUAUGUUUCCAAAUUCACACGGGGACGUACUUCUCCCUGGUCUCAUCUACAUUGUGGAGAAGAUGGUAGAUGAACCUUUACCCGAGCAACCAAAAUACAGCUUCGGUUCUGCCAUUCUAUCUCAUACAUAUAGAGGCUUUUGUGGUGCCACACAAAAGACUUCCUUCGCAAAAAAAGCUCCGUUACUUUGUGUCCUCUACAAGUUUCUACAGUUGUGGUCCUGGGAAUACCUCCCUGUAGGAUGACCUCGUAUAAUAAAUCCCAUACACCCAUACGACUAUAGCGAGGGCAGCUGUGUAACUAUGGCCAGCAGGUGGACAAAGGCACGGAAACAUUGGUUUCCAAGUAUUGUGAAAAAUUGUUACCCUAUAUACCACCAGCAGUUUGAGGCACUUGAUGAGUCUGUAGUCACAUGGAACCCAUGGACUCAGGAGCAUGUACAGAUGGUCUUUGAUAUACGACCCAUCACAGCAGGCAUGUUGACCGAUAGUGCAUUCUGGCUGACUCGCUGCUACUUAUUGUUCCUGUGGUGAGUUGAGCCUUACAACCCAGAGCGUGUCAUGAGACAGUUCGGUCUGUAUCAGGAGAUUCCACCACCUUUUCCAAGAUGUACGGACGAGGAAACCCAUAAGCUAACCAAUAUGGGCCACGGUUGGAGUCUUUACGAUUGGAGGGAACGCAACAUUCAAUGGGUACAGAAGUGGGAAAAUGAAGCGCUAGCAGAUAUAGUGUAUCAACUUAGACCGUACGAUGGAAGUACAGCUCAAGCGUACAAGCAGUGGUACUGCAUCAGCACGCGUACAAGCCUGGCCGGUCAACCAGCUACGAUACCAACAAAUCUCACGCAUGAGGAGCAGAUGCAGAGACCUGUUGAGCUGCAUGCAGCUUACUAUCAUGACCGGAUGCUUCAAACUGCCAAUGACAUAGGGCAGAUGGCGACGGAAAGCAUGCCGCCCAGGGGACAAGCUAUCAAGUCAUUCAAUAAACGUUUUAAAGAAUACGUGCUAACAAAGUUGAGAUGUGGUAGAGGCGACGACGUUGUCAUUGGAGCGUACAACAUGCCAGUACCGAGGUCAGCCAGACCGAGUGCGGCGCCGUCGUCCAGACCGAGCGAGGCGCGUACAAGCCAUGGGCAGUGGGGGGAGGGUCCGGGUACAACAACGACAUUGCCACGACAUGACUCAUCUCUGCCACUACAUCGCUCUUCUUCAGUGCUGCUUCGUCAGGGGCAGACAUCACAGGGCCAUGGCAUGGGCUUGGAUUCGAUGCCCGAGCUGUAUCUUUCCCCAAACCCAUAUGCAUACACAGGAUAUGGCGCAUACACUCAAGGUGAGGGAUCUCAGCCGUAUCUCUCCACGCGAGGGAUCUCCAUGCCCGAGGAGACUCGUGUCCCAGAUUUAAACCAGUACCAGGUAGAAUGUCCAGACAGUACACGCGAGGGAUCUGAUCAGGGCAUACCUGAUGUAAAUUGGGACGAUGAGUACACCCAACCUGGCGACAAUGUUAACGCAGUAGAUACAGAUUUCUUCAGAGAGGAUGUUAUUGGCCCAUCUUUUAUCCCUGAGGAGUCACAACAACCAUACGCCUACAAUUACGCAUCAGGUUUGCAACAAGGAUUACAGACUCCACCACCUAUGCAGGAGUCGCAGACACAGGAAGACCAACUGGAGUACGGUCGCGGUCUUCGUGUAACUCGACCACCUAAUCGCUUGGAGCUUUCCAGUCCGAAGGGAAGGCCAGCUGGCCGUCGUCGACUACAAUGAUUCAACUAUCCACGUGCGCGACCCAUUGUAUCUACAUAUGUCAGUAUCCGACUUUUCGAUUUGAACAUCUAUGUAUGCUGAAAUAAAAAUGCACCAGUCAGGAACAAUUUUUCCUGCCUAUAUCUCCCGCCAUACUAUCCCGCUCCACUCUUCGGCUUAUGUUUUCGCGCAACCCUUUCCCCUCAAUAUUUUCCCGCCAACGCUUUCCCUCCAUAUGUUCCCGCCACCCGUUUCCUGCCAACCCCUU